UGUGUGGCCAUCUGCCAGCCCCUCCAUUAUUCAACUAUCAUAAACCUCCAAUUCUGUGUCCGUCUGACCCUGGCUUCCCUGCUUAGUGGCCUGGUCUAUGCAGGUGCACACACUGGAAACACAUUACAGCUGAACUUCUGUGGCUCUAACGAGGUCCCUCAGUUCUUCUGUGGUGUCCCCUCCCUGCUAAGGCUCUCUUGCUGUGACACAUCCAGCUAUGAGCUCUCCAUUCUCAUCUCCACUGUGGUGGUCUGUGGAGGCUGCUUUGUUUUCAUUGCCAUGUCCUAUGUGCGCAUAUUUUCUACUGUGCUCAGGUUCCCCACACAGGAGCAGGGGAAGGCCUUCUCCACCUGCGUCCCCCACAUCCUCGUGGUGACCCUCUUCCUCAGUUCUAUCUCUUACGUGUGUCUACAACCAUCAGUGACCUCUGAGGGGACUCAGGACAUUGGUCCUUCUGUGUUUUACACUAUAGUUCCUCCCCUCUUGAACCCUGUCAUCUACAGUCUCAGAAACAAACAGGUAAAGGAAGCUGUGCAGAAAGUCAUAUUGAGAAGGGUUUAUUCCAGAAAAAAAUAA